AUGAAGAGGGCGAAGAGGGUGAAUUUGACUGACAGUCGACGGGCCGAGAACGAUGAAGGUGAUGAAGAGGGCGAAGAGGUGGACGGGCCGAGAACUAAGAAGGUGAUGAAGAGGGCGAAGAGGGUGAGUUUGACUGAUAGUGGACUGACCAGGAAGGGGAUGAAGAGGGCAAAGAGGGUGAAUUUGACUGACAGUCGAUGGGCCGAGAACGAUGAAGCUGAUGAAGAGAGCGAAGAGGUGGACGGGCCAAGUUCUAUGGCGGCAGUUGAAGAGGGCGAGGAGAGUGAGUUGGACAUGGACGGGCCGAGUUAUAUGGCGGCAGUUGAAGAGGGCGAGGAGAGUCAGUUUGACAUGGACGGGCCGAGUUAUAUGGCGGCAGUUGAAGAGGGCGAGGAGAGUCAGUUUGACAUGGACGGGCCAAGUUCUAUGGCGGCAGUUGAAGAGGGCGAGGAGAGUGAGUUGGACAUGGACGGGCCGAGUUAUAUGGCGGCAGUUGAAGAGGGCGAGGAGAGUCAGUUUGACAGUUAG